CGGUGGCUAAAACGUCAUCAUUUUGCGUCAACUUGGCGUGCUUGCUUGUCUGAUUGAGAGAGGCGUAAGACAUUUGUGGAUAUUUUGUUAAAGAAUAAAGCUUUAGGAUGCCUAUGAAAGGAAAGUUUCCGAUCAGACGGACGCUUGAGUAUCUCAAGAAGGGUGACGUCAUCUUUAAAAACAAGGUGAAGAUCAUGACGGUGAAUUACAACACUUCCGGAGAGCUAAGCGAAGGAGCAAGAAAGUUUGUUUUCUUCAAUAUUCCCCAGAUCCAGUACAAAAACCCGUCGGUCCAAAUAAUGAUGUUUAAAAACAUGACACCAUCCCCGUUCUUGAGGUUUUAUCUGGAUGAUGGAGAACAAGUACUGGUGGACGUGGAAGGGAAGGACUACAAGCAGAUUUCACAACAUAUUAAAAAAAUCCUGGGCAAAUCAGAUCAAGUGUUAGAAUCUGAAACUCAGGCCAAGAUGCAGGCCUCCAACCCCGCCAACUUUGGCCCAAAGAAGUACUGUCUGAGGGAGUGCAUCUGUGAAGUGGAGGGCCAAGUACCGUGUCCCAGCAUCAAGCCACUGCCUAAGGAGAUGACGGGAAAAUAUCGGGCUCGGAUGGCAGAGGCACAGGAGUGAGAAGCUGGAGUUUUACUGGAAAAUAUUUUCUGUUUAUUUUGCAUUUCAACAACAGACUGUUAUUCAGCUCCAGCCUAAAGCAGCAGAAGCCCACCGAACCCACGACCGGCUUCUGUAAAUACCCAAACAUACCCUCAUUGCAGGAAAAACUGCUCAGAUAAAAGACUCAAGUGCUCGUUGUUAUCUUGGCCUCCCAACCUUUCUGGUCCUGAUCCUACUGAGCAUGUGCAAGACAGGCUGAAACAUGGCUGAUCCCUGCUGCCCACAGUAGUUAGCGACAACGGUCACCAUAUUUUAUUAAUGUUUUUUAAUCAACACUGCGAUGGAAAUGUUUUGCGUUAAUAAAAUGGUUUUGUCUCUUUUGUUAAAAGCA